GUCUUCAAUCCACUUUGCAUAUCAGUUUCACAUUCUUCAUCACAAUCGUUCUCACUUCGCAUUUAUAAUUGAUGCACGGAGUUUCCUUCUUGCUUCUCAGGUUUUCUGCACUAUUGGGGUUCAGUUAUGGAGGUAUGUGUAGGUGUUUCAGAUCUGAUUUUCAUGAGAAUCUAUUAAUUCAGAUGUUUAUUUAGCUCGAUUUGGGAUUGAUCUCGUGAACCAACUGGGUAUUUCUCUUUGGGUUCUGGGUGUUCAUUGAAAUGGAGGUCGGUAGUGUUAAUUCUCCUAGAAAUAGGUUGGAUCACUCGAAGGAGGGAUCUGAGAAUACCCAUAUAGAAAAAGAAAUUUUUGAGCUGGAAUCAUCUCAAAAUGUUGGUGGGCAUAAUUACCAAUUCCAUUCAAUGAAUGCAUUGGAGAUCUUGAGAGAAACAGUUAGGAUUCUGCGGUACAAUUCAUCAGGAUUUAUGAUCAUUGCUGCUUUGUUUAUUUGUCCGGUAUCUGCGGUUCUCAUGUCGAAUCUGUUAGUUAAUCAAUAUGUUGUGAAGAAAUUCACUGUUAGGCUUUUGUUAGUUGCAAAGACUAGUGGGCUCCCAUUGAAGCCUUUUAUCAAACAGUCGUGCCAAAGGUUUGCUGAGACAGCUGUUUCCUCUGCAAUGUGUUUCCCUUUGUUUAUCACAUUGUCAUUGUUAUCAAAAGCUGCUGUGAUUUACUGUGUAGACUCUACUUAUUCAAGGAAAACUGCUGAUGUUUUUAAGUUCUUUGUGAUUAUUCACAAAAUAUGGAGACGGCUUGUUUUGACAUAUGUGUGGAUGUGCAUGGUAAUUGUUGGUUGUGUAACAACCUUUUUUGUUUUUCUUGUUGCUGUUUGUAGUACACUUUCUGUGAUUGGGUUUUCGCCUGAUUUAGUUGUCUAUGCAGCAAUUCUUUUGGGUUUAGUUUUCUCGGUUGUUUUUGCGAAUGCUACUGUUGUAUGCAAUAUUGGCAUUGUAAUAUCUGUCUUGGAGGAUGUUUCGGGACCACAGGCAUUGCUUCGCUCUGGUGUUCUUAUCAAGGGGCAGACUCAAGUAGGUCUUUUGAUAUUUCUUGGUUCUACAAUUGGGAUGGCAUUUGUGGAAGGGUUGUUUGAACAUAGGGUGAAGACGCUGAGUUAUGGAGAUGGGUCUUCUAGGAUUUGGGAAGGGCCGCUUUUGGUGAUAAUGUAUUCUUUUGUGGUGCUUAUUGAUUCCAUGAUGAGCACAGUCUUUUAUUUCAGUUGCAGAUCAUAUAGCAUGCAAGCUGCGGAUGGUCAAUGUCAAUCAAUUUUGGAAACCAUGACUACUUCUGAAUCAAUGGGUAUCCAAUGAUGUCAGUUAGUGCGCUGUUUAGUUAUUAGCAAUACUAUUUGAGUUCAGAAGGCAAUACAGAAACUACCAUUUAUUAAAUUCUGCUUUGGCUUCCAGUUAGCAUUCAUGCAGUGCUAAUGAGAAACAAUUUCUUGGUGUCUGAAUCUAUCAACAAGGUUCUGUUGCUGUGACUUUCUGAGAUGACCCAAUUCUUCUGAAGAUACUCUGCCAAGGCGCAUUACAUUGUUUGCCAAAAGUAAUCUAUUGAAGAAGCAUGAAAUAAUAGGUAUGCCGAGCUCCAUCAUAGAUCUAUGAGUGUAUCACCACCAUUUAAAGGUGAUCCAUUGUUUGAUUCAAUUCAAAUAUUACCAACUUAAUGGUUGAAGCAUUCUAUGUUCCAUUGUCUCUUUGUACUUAAUAUUCCUGCUUAAUAAUGCAUUCCCAGCGUAAGAGGUUGGGGUAUUGGUUGAUCAUUGAUCUUAGGAAUGUUCUUGUGAAUGAAGCAUUGAGUUAAGG